AUGGAGGCAAAUCUUCCCACUAGCUCGCCAAUCGUAGGUGAAGGGCAACCGCUCUUUGUCAUGGAUUUCCCACCGGAGAUACACCUCAAUCUGUUGGAGUGUGCCGAUGUUUGCCAAUACUCAACUCUCCGGCUUGUCUGCAAGAGAUGGUAUGGUUUCAUCGAGAACACUCUUCCACUCGGCAGAUAUGUCCCAGCCAAGAUAGAGCCCAAAAACGAGCCGAAGGAGGAGUCUAAGGAAUCUCCACCUCCCGGACUAUGCAUGGACCCAUCUCUUUGGCUUACCCACCGGGCUAUAUUCAUCUUCUCAAGAUUCAGGAUAGAUCCGAAAGUCAUCAAGAUGGAUAGAAUCACCGUCGGCCUCGAUUUCGUGAAUGCUCGAGUCAGAAACAGAAUCCAGAAGCUCGAAGCUAGCGGCGAGGUCGUUGAUACUGCUCUAGCCGGGGUCGUCAAACACAUUGAGCCAAGGCCAAUUUCUCCAUCCUCUCCGGGACUCUUAUGCGGCAGAAGAGACAUCUCGCAUUAUCUCUCUCAACCUGUCUACAUUGUUAAUCCAAGGCAUCCAGAAUCCAAGAAGUACCAAGGACUCGUGGAGAUCUUGCAGGAUUGGAAGUUCACACCAGGCCCCAUAUCGCUCGACCUUGAUGCUCAACCAUGUCCAACGGUCCGCCAUUGGAUGGAACUAUUCUUGGAUCGCUACGACUGGGCGGACUUUGACGAGACUCUUAAAAAGUCCAACCAAACUGACUACGGGCUUUAUACUUCAUCCAUGGAAAUCGCGGCUCGAGUUACUGUUCCUUUUACGGGAUGCUGGAAGAAGGUCGAAACAAAAGAAGGAGGAGAAGAAGGGAAGAGUUCUGGCGGGUACUGUUUGGAGAUUCUGACUAACGUUUGCAUUCUUGGAUGCCGUUUUCAAAAAGAAGGGGAGUGGGUUGCUGCCCGGUCUAGCUCUCCCACUGGAUUUACGUUCGAUGAGACCUAG